AAAUACCAUAUCAGAAAAAGGCAAGAGUGUUGCAGGUACUCUCCCGCGUUCGACGUCGGGCGGUUCUUUCUUACCGAAUCCUUCACUGGGAUAACACCUCUGAAAACCGGAUAACCGCGGGGCUGCAGCUUCUUCGACGCCAUGGAUCCAGCGGAUGUCGUCAGUGGUGUUCAAAAGAUGGCGCUGGGCGUCAUCAUCGCCAUCGUGGUCGGGGUGAUUUUACUCGUCGCAGUGCUCAUUACAUGCUGCGUAUGCAUGUGCAAGGUGUGUGCGGGACGGAAAAAGGAAACCCACACGGUCGUGUACCAGGCGCCGCCUCCGCACGGCUACGCCGCAGACCCAAACCACCCGCAGUUCCAGCCGUGGCCGCCAGGGGCGCAACCUCCCACCCAUCAAGCAGUAUCCCAAGGACAUCUAGCCCCUCAACACCAGAUGCACCCCGGAACUCGACCGAUGACCGCUCCCCCUCCUUAUCUCGCCGGGGAAACGACACCGAAAUACUGAGAAAUGACACCGGCGUGCGUGCACAAUACCACUUAGAAGAGACAA